UCACGUGACUGCCUCUUCCUCCCGAACCCAUAAUUCGUUGCCAACGGUACGUUUCUCUGGUGGAUGCAUCCGUUUCGAAGCGUGCAUUUGGACCAAGAUCGAUUUAUAAAAUGCUUUUUAAACAAAACGCGGGAUUCUAGGAACUCAAUAAACGCAAGCACUUUUGUUUUUACGACAGCUGAUCUUCAAGCUAUUUGCAAGCAGAGGAAAAAAACACAGCUCUCAUCAUGGCAGAGAACAACUUCCCCCCCUUGCCUCGAUUCAUCCCCCUCAAGCCGUGCUUUUACCAAGAUUUCAAUGAGAUCCCUGACCAGCAUCGCACCAUGUGCAAGCGGCUGUAUUACUUGUGGAUCUUGAAUAGUGCCACACUGGCUGUUAAUCUGAUUGGCUGUCUGGCGUGGAUGUGUGGGGGAGGCGGAGCCACCAAUUUCGGCAUGGCUUUCCUGUGGCUCAUCCUCUUCACCCCUUGCUCGUACGUGUGCUGGUUCAGGCCCAUCUACAAGGCCUUCAAGACGGACAGCUCGUUCAACUUCAUGGCGUUCUUCUUCGUCUUCAUGGCCCAGGUUGUGAUCAGUAUUAUCCAGACAGUUGGGAUUCCGGGUUGGGGAGUAUGUGGCUGGCUAGCUACCAUCACGUUCUUCAGCACCAACAUCGGCUCAGCUGUGGUGAUGUUAAUCCCCACGAUCAUGUUUACUGCUGUGGCGGUGCUCUCCUUCAUCGCCCUCACAAAGGUGCAUAAUUUCUACCGCGGCAGCGGUGGGAGUCUGGGGAAAGCCCAGGAGGAGUGGGCCACCGGGGCCUGGAAGAACCCCCACGUCCAGCAGGCGGCUCAGCAGGCUGCAAUGGGGGCUGCCCAGGGAGCCGUACAGCAGCAGAACCAGUACUCGGCAGCGCCCACCUAUAACUAUGAUGAGCCCAUGUAGGACAGGGAAAGGGACCGGGUUCUUCUCUAGAAGAGAUACAAAAAGGGAUGAAUUCAGAACACAACUCAUAAUUAGGUGCCCUUCGUUAGAUAUCACUUCACAAGAUGAGAAGAAAAAUAAUGUAGGGACAAGUGUUAGGUGCAAAUGUACUGUACAUUUAUUGAACAUUAUGUGAAUAAGUUACUUUUUGUAUCAGUGAGGGAGGACACAGUCUUUGUGUUACAUCUUUACAGCAUCAACACUGGCAUAUAUGCGUCUGAAACACUUGUAACAUCUAGCUUGUCCUUUUUUUUUUUUUUUUUUAAUUUCUUUUUUAAAAAUCCCCAAAAAGCAAAACAAGUGCCACUGCAUUGAUAAAAUGGGCUUAGCAUAGCAAGAGAUGAGAUCACACCAGAAAGUUAACGUGUACACGUUCUUACACCAAAUUGUGUAGAAUCACAAUGUGUCAGUCUUACGCUAAGCCGUAAAAAAUGAUGCCGAUAUUGCUUUGAGUUUCACCCAAUUUUGUAGCUUCCUUAUGCUAAGCUAAGGUUGCUAAGCAAGCUAUAUUCUUUUAGGCUACUAUUGAAAUGUUAACAAUUAGUAACGUCACACUAUUAAUGCCUAAGGCUCCAUUAUGCUGGAAUGUCAAAUACGUUUCAACAUCUUAAUAUUGGUGAGUGAGUUGGAAUAGUUUGCACCUGUCUUUUCAUUAGUUAGUUAAAGGAUGGCUGUUUCUUUUUAAAUUCCUACUCACUGUGUCAUCAUACUAUAUUGGGUUUCUUUAAUUGGCAUAAUUCACCAUAGGAACAUACUGGUUGUGUAAAAGCACAAACCAUUUGCUGGAAGCGCCCCUUUACGGCAGAUUUUUGGACUUUGAGCCUACAUUACCACUCAACACGUGUGCCGUAAAAACGGCUGCCGAGCCGUAGUUGACUGGAUAAACAUUCCAAAUCUGUCUUGAAUCUGGAAGUUAGAAAUACAAUGUGAAUAGUCGAUGUUGUUGGUUGGUCAUAGCAGUGUGUGAUCAGUUUACCCUCUCUGACAAAUUCUCUUUUUUCCAAAUGCUUAAAAAAAAGGCCUCCUUUUUUCUCCAAACUCUGGGUGUCAUUGUCAUUUUGUGGCUGUCUUUGUUAUUCCACGAGUAGGUGUACUAUAAUAUUUAUUGAAGAACAUACAAUAUGGAUCUCAAUGAGGUGAAAGUGGAAACUGUCAGCGGAGGUCAAAAGUUUCCCGAGAUGAUUAUUGCCUGUGAUCGCAGAUUUGAAGGAAAUGUAAAAAAAAAAAAAAUUAACUGACUGUUUGUUAUUUCCAAAAUGUGACUUGUCUUGUCUGAUUGUGAUGAUGUGGUAUUCUCUAUAUGCAAUUUGUUUAACCUUUUAGUUAUUUUAUUUGUUGAUGUUUGGAUGAGUUUCAAGCACAUUUUCAUUGCUCUGUUCGCCCCCCUCACCCUUUUUUCUAUAUAUAAAUUUUUAAGUAUGUUAUGUUUUGACACAGGUGCUCAGUAUAAACCAAACUGUCGAGCAAGUUGAGUAAAGUAAUAGCCAAAUGGUUUGACUUGUACAAUUAGACGAGCUCCUCAGUUUGGACUUUCAAUGAAGAAUGGGACUGCUCUCAAAAUGAAAACCACUAAUGUAAUUUCAGUGUUUAUGUUAGUUAUUUGCCAACUGGAUAACUUUAUUUCUCAGUGCUGUAUUGGAGCUUCCCAAAAAGCCAUUUCCUCCAACGUUUCCAUGUGUACCGUUUGCUGUUGGAUAUGUAUAAUCAUGUACUAUAGCUUAAAUAAGUAUGAAUAUAAAAUAACUCGUGGAAGUGCGUAAGUGAACAUGGAUAAAAUAAUAUUCAAUUAAGCUGGAUUUAAGAAGGCUGCGUCUCCAUGAGAGAGAUACGCAAAUAAUUUUUGGGUGUAUUUUGUAUUAUUUGAUCCUACCAUAAUAGAUAUUAAACAGUUAUUGCUGAAA